GCCUGUGGCUGGCGCAGGCCACCUCCGUGUUUACAGCCUGGCCUGUGACGUGACAGCACCAUUUCGUGAGGAACUUCCUGUUCACUGGGGCGGUCGGGUCCAUGUUCUCCGGUGGCCAGACAGAAGCUGUUGCUGAGUUUGUGUGAAGAGAGUACAGAGACCAUGACGCCUUUGGGAAACGGAGAACCUUCUCCGAAGCCCUGAACAGGGGAUCUACCUGCCAGAGGUGACUGCCCCAGCGUGCGGUUCCCCGACAGGUGGGGAAGACGAUGAGGAGAUGGAGGGCAGCUGCAAAGGCAUCCUGGCUGUGCUGGUCGUCCUGGCUGGUCUAGCAGCUUCUGCUUCCAGCAACCAAAUCAUAGAAGGACCCAAGAAUGCAACGGUACUGGUGGGCUUGGAGGCCCGCUUCAACUGCACCAUCUCGCAGGGCUGGAAGCUCAUCAUGUGGGCUCUGAAUGGCACUGUGGUCCUGAGCAUCACGCCCAAGGAGCCCAUCAUCACCAACGACCGCUUUACCUCUGCGAGUUAUGAAGAGGACGGUAACUUCAUCUCUGAGAUGAUCAUCCACGACGUGCAGUUCAGCGACGCGGGCCAUAUCAAGUGCAGCCUCCAGAGCAGCGACCAGGACGGGUCUGCUUUCCUUUCAGUGCAAGUUGUGGGGAAGUUGUUCAUUCCCAGCAGUGGCCUUGAGGUCACCGAGGAUAAACCUUGUAACGUGACUUGCCAAGCGGCGGGCUGGACCCCACCCCCAGAUCUCUCUUGGAAGAUUGGUGCUCCCGUGAGUCAUUCAAGCUAUUUCUCCAUCCCGGAGCCCGGUGACCCUCAGAGCGCUGUGAGCGUCCUGUCUCUGACACCACAGGGCAAUGGGACAUUGACUUGUGUGGCUAGCAUGAAGGGGCUGCUCGUCCAGAAGUCUUUAACUGUGAAUCUUACCGUGGUGCCACUCCCCUCAGGCAGUCAACCAGGUACGUCAUUGCCUACCUGGGCCAUCGUCUUGCUUGCAGUAUCUCUCUCAUUGCUUUUGAUCCUGAUAAUUGUUCUGAUUAUAAUAUUCUGCUGCUGUUGUGUCUCCAGGAGAGAAGAAAAAGAAUCUAGUUAUCACAAUGAAGUAAGGAAAUCCGCAAAUGCGAGAACCAACAAAGAAGCUUUUGAGACAAAGUUAAAAAAUGGAUUCAAAAACUAUGGAUACAUUUCAGAUGAGCCAAGGACCGCAGAGACUGGCUCUCCCCCUCCGCGGUCCUACGAAGCCCGGGUCCCUCAGCAACGUGGCAUUAGUCAACCUCGUCAGGGACCUCGUGACAGCCAGCCGGGCCCAGCAAGCCAGCCCCAGGUGCACUUUCACACGGUCAGUCCCAGGAAGGUCAAGAAUGAGACUUUAGUAUAGCAAAGGUGUCCCUCAGGUUCGAAGCUGCUGAUGGCUUACAUCAGGACGAGGUCAGUGUUCCUCUCCGUCACCCUGAAACUGGGCUCCAGCUCUGUCACCGUUACCCGGAAGAAGUGAUGUCGGAACCACUGGAAUGGAUAUUUUGCAGUGAGAGCAGGAAUUGAUUUUCCCAGCUUUCGAAGUAGACUGGAACUUUUAUUGUGUUUCAAUAUUUGAGUGCAUUUCAUAAAUUGCUAAGUAAAAGCUGCAGAUCUAUCGUGAUAAUUUUUCUCAUCACCGAACACUCCUGCUUGCUAAUCUAAUAAACGCUAGAUGACUUUUGAAAUGUUUUAUUAUCUUAAAUCAUAUGAAGAUUAUAUUUAUGUAUGUUUAAUAUAUGGACAAUAUUGCGUACUAACAGUGAAAAAAACAGGAUAAAAAUUAGGAUCCACCAAACACCUAAAAUUGCCUGGAAAAUCAGAACUCGUAGGUUAAAAAUAAGAUUACAUUCUAAAGCUGAUGUACACCUGGUGAAAUAUCUCAUUAUUGGAUAUUUACAUGAAGAUAUUCAUUUCUAUGUGCUCCCUUAUUGGGCUUACUGUCAUGUCCUCAGAUGAGUUAGCUGUGGAUUAUGUUUUGUAGGGGGCGUACCUCACACAUCAAACACUGUGAAAAAACUGGAGACGGGUAAUGUGUUCUUUAAUAAAUAAAAGAGAAAACACCAAAAA